CCAAGCUCCAAGAAUGGCCGUGACGUGCGUCUUUAACGGUUGCUUCGCGCCCACCAUGUCGUACUCGGACAAGUGCUCGUUCCACCGGUACCGCUCCAAGUGUAAAAUUGACGGCUGCUUCAACCAAGUCUACGCCCGCCUCCUCUGCGUCGGCCACGGCGGCAAGAAGCACUGUGCGUUCGACAACUGCACAACCACCGUCCGCACGGGCGAUUUUUGCGCCAAACACUCGCGCAAAGCCAAGCCUUUGUGCUCCGAGCCGGGCUGCGAGCGCGUCGCGCACCAAUUUGACAAGUGCACGCACCACGGCGGCGGCAAGCCGUGCUCGAUUGCCGGGUGCGCCCUCCCGGCGCGCAUUAGCGGCGUGUGCUGGCCCCACCGCAACCGCGUGCUGCCCGCGCCAGCGACGCCUGCGUUUGCGAGCGAGACGGACGGCGACGCGCUCAUCCUGAUGCUGGACGAGUGGAUGCAAGACGAGCCGCUCAUGGCGCUCGACGACGACGAUGUUGAUUUUCACGGCAUUUUGGACGACAUUCUUCUCUCCAUGUAAAACCCUUUGACCAAGCUCUUUCGAGACACCUUUCAGAUAUAUAAAUAAGUUAAACCCAUAAAAUAUAGUUUCUAGUAACG